CGUGGUCAGCAUUUGCUCUCCAUUGAAGUAAAUAGACAUUUUUGCAAUUCCGGUGAUUGAGCCAGUGGUGAAGUCACGUUAAUCGGAGUAUCUUGAAACCCUCUGGAGUGUACACGACGAUUUAGGAAAACAUAUAUUUAGGGAGAAUCGAUUGCUCUUAGGCCCAAAUCAAGAUGUUCCACACAUGUGGACCCAAUGAAGCCAUGGUGGUGUCUGGCUUUGGUCGUUCCCCUCCUCUAAUGAUCGCUGGAGGAAGAGUAUUUGUCCUCCCCUGUAUUCAACAGAUCCAGAGGAUCACCCUGAACACCCUGACUCUGAAUGUGAAGAGUGAUAAGGUGUACACCCGUCAUGGAGUGCCCAUCUCUGUCACUGGCAUCGCCCAGGUGAAGAUCCAGGGUCAGAACAAGGAGAUGCUGGCCACGGCCUGUCAGAUGUUCAUGGGGAAGUCUGAGGCUGAGGUCUCCAACAUCGCCCUGGAAACACUGGAGGGGCACCAGAGGGCCAUCAUCGCCCAUCUGACUGUGGAGGAGAUCUACCAGGACCGUAAGAAGUUCUCUGAGCAGGUGUUCAAGGUGGCCUCCUCUGACCUGGUCAACAUGGGCAUCGGCGUGGUCAGCUACACGCUCAAAGAUGUUCACGACGACCAGGACUACCUCAACUCCCUGGGUAAAGCUAGGACAGCUCAGGUGCAGAAGGAUGCCAGGAUCGGCGAGGCUCAGUACAAACGAGACGCGGUGAUCCGGGAGGCCCAGGCCAUGCAGGAGAAGGUGUCAGCCCAGUAUGUGAAUGAGAUCGAGAUGGCCAAAGCCCAGAGAGACUACGAGCUGAAGAAGGCCUCCUACGACUAUGAGGUCAACACCAAGAAGGCCGAGUCUGAGAUGGCCUAUCAGCUGCAGGUGGCGAAGACGAAGCAGCGUAUUGAGGAGGAGACGAUGCAGGUGAAGGUGGUGGAGAGGUCUCAGCAGAUCCUGCUGCAGGAGCAGGAGAUCACCCGCAAGGAGAUGGAGCUGGAGGCCAAGGUGAAGAAGCCGGCUGAGGCAGAGAGAUACCGCCUGGAGAGACUGGCUGAGGCUGAACGUGCACAGCUCAUCAUGGAGGCUGAGGCAGAGGCAGAGUCCAUCAGAAUGAAGGGCGAUGCUGAGGCGUUUGCUCUGGAGGCUAAGGGUCGUGCCGAGGCAGAGCAGAUGGCUAAGAAGGCUGAGGCCUUUAAACAGUACGGGGAGGGAGCCAUGGUGGACAUGCUGCUGGAGAAACUACCACUGAUAGCAGAGGAGAUCAGCAGGCCCCUGUCCAUGGCCCAGAAGGUUACCAUGGUUUCCAGCGGCGGGGGUGAGGUGGGCGCGGCCAAGCUGACCGGAGAGGUUCUGGACAUCAUGACCAGAUUACCAGCUGCCGUGGAGAAACUCACCGGAAUCAACAUUUCACAGGUUGGCCUGUCCACCCGUAUGGGCUGAGAAUGGAGCCCAGUGAGACAGUCUGCACAGUCAGACCUGGAACUCCAUACUGCCUCCUAGUGCCUAUAAUUACUGUUACUACUCCUAGUGUAGUCCUCUGUCUGUCUGUCUGUCUGUCUGCAUGCCUGUCUGCAUGCCUGUGUUAGUACUGUAGUCUUUCUUAGGGCAUGUCACAACACUCUUAAUCAGCCUCCCCUCUUGCUUCCUGGGCCUCGUUGGCACUGAUCUGAAAACACAGGAUGGGUCAAAGCUAUAUGUUGUAGGCCUACUGGGGGAGUUUCUUUCUCCUGGUCAUUCAUAUCUCUGUUAGAUCAGCUUGGAUGAAGGAAAGGAGAGCACUUUGGACUAGCAUGAAAUGGCCUUAGUAGUUCAGGUAGUAACUAGCCUCCUCUCCACCAUUUUGUACUCUCUUUCUCCCGUCCGUUAUUCCGUUUUUUUUUAUCACUGCUUCAAGCCUACCUUUCUGUCUCCCUCUAUUACAGGGUUGGGUCCAUAUAAACUGUUAAACGUAUAUUUUCCAGCCUGUCACAUAGUUGUUUUUGUAAUUCAUAGAAUUGUAUUUCAUUGGGAUAUGGUUGUGGUUGAGAAAUUAUGUUUUCAUUCUUUUAUUGUUCAUAGGAAAUAAUAGUGUGUGCAUGUAUGAGGUCAUCCAUUUCAUUGUUGGGUUUGUCAGCUGAUUGUUUUGUCAACAUUUGCAGUUGUUCUGUAAGGUAGUCUGCCUUGUUCUCAGCAUGGUUGGCCAGCUAGUUAUUAUCAAAUGAAGAAGAAAUGCUCUUUACUUUCACUGUGAACAUAUCUUCAUAUUUUCCCCAAUCAGAAUUGAGAUAUUUGUAAUCCUGGUAGUCAUGUUAUUAUACAUAAACAUGUUCUAUCUGCUAGUUGACCUCUGCAUGCUCUGUGCAUGCCUUAUAACAUUCUAGUACCUCUGUCCACCACCUUAUGGACAAGGUAGUUUUCGACUAUGUGCUCCCCUAACAGUAGAUCCUAGAUCAGUCUAUCUACUGAUAUCUCUAAGAUAACCCUCUAGAAUGGCCAGUGCCUUGUGUUUUUAAAGUAUAAUUAAUACUAUCAGUACAAGCCAUAUUACAAUAGAAGCCAAGUUACAUACAGAUGAUGCUGUUUUAAGAUGUGUGUGCUUUUUGCCAUGACUCUGCCAUUUGUGGGAGAUGAAAUCACAAACUAUAUGGUGGGUUGGCACUAAACCGCUUCUCUCUGUUGGUACAAUACUGGCAUAGACACAAUCAAUGGAGUACCGAAUCUGAUGGUACCUAAUCUCAUCUAGUUACCAAAGCAAAAAACAAGGAACUACAGAUUCUCUGUUAAAGUGUUGUUUAUCAAACACAACAGACAGAUUGUCAUUAUGGCUUAGUUCUAGUGUGUUAAGUGUGUUUCUAAACCCUAGACUUAUUAGACGGACAGGCCUUAGAUCUGAGCUUCUACUGUGGUAUAAAUGUAUAAAGGCUGAGAUUUUCUGUAAAUGUAUGUGAAGUGAUUGGAAGGAAGUGUGUGGCAGGAGGGAGGGAGCAGACUGGGGCUUUCCUGCUGAAGGCUAACCUCAGAAGUCUCUAUCUAGGUCAGGUGUCACGUGGUGCCUGAUGAACAUGCUGCUUGAGGUGAAGGUAUAUGUGUAGAAUAAGGGAACGGAGAAACUAGCCUGGGUGCCAGUCUGUUUCUGUUCUCUUGUCAACUCCUUAUGGAACUGUCAUGUCAAACAUGUUUCACUUGGCAAGGACAAUGGAACAGGCAAAAGCACAAACAGAUCUGGGACCAGGCUACAGACUCUACUGUAGUGGAGUCUCAUUCAGUGGUAUGGUCCAGUUUGGUAUACAGGGACCUUCGAUAGACUGGAGUAGACAAUAUACAUUUUAAUCACAGAUGUGUUCAUUAAUCAGGAUCUAUCCUUUCGUAUCGUAAUCUUAUCAUUAGAAUGGUCUAUUUUUCCAGAUGUUCUAUGUUGUGCUGAUCACAUCCCUGUUUGAUCCUUUUGUAGUAUAGGGUUGUUGUAGUUGGUAGGGACUUGUUCUAUACCAUAGAAAUAUAAUCAUUCUUAUUCUAUGUUCUAUACCACUGCUCAGGAUUCUAGGAGCUACUUCUCUCUACCUGAUUGAAUACCCCAAAGCAAAGCUUACAUGCUAUCUGGCUGUCUAUGCAUUUUGUUACUGACAAGUGCCUGACUAAGUUGAAAGAUUCCCAUUUUUCUCUCAACCUAAAGGCUAAACUGUCACCCCAGGUUAAACAUUGUAACAACCUAAAUAUAUAGAGGCGUGCUAUGUCCUAAAGAUAUGAAUGAAUGCCAAUUUCGCCAAACCAAUACUACUGCUUUCACUUAUGCGCACACCUGUAUAUUACAUCAUAAUGUCAAUGAUUUGUGACUUUUAGCCUUUUCUAUGCUUUGUUGACUUGCCAAAAUAAUACCUGGCCUUCUGUGUAGUGUAAACUUUGUAUGCAAGUGCACCAAGGUAUGAAUAUUAUAAAUAUAUUUGGAAUGAAAUUAUUGUAACAUUAUAUAAACACAAACUCUGAUUUCCUAACUUAAACCCUUUGUCGUGUGUUUAAUGACAAGUAGAACAUUAGUCCUUGUUUUAUUUGGAAAGGUUUACUUUUAUUAAAACUACAAAAAUAGACAACACAAUGAAUUACAAUGGCAUCAAGGUAAGGUAGCAAGCUUUCUACAAAGGAACAAAAUCAGAGACCCCAACUGUAACAAAGAAAUUCCAUAUAUUAGUCAACGAAAUAAAAAGUAUGUCCUUAGAAUAUGUACACAUCAUCAAGUUCAGCUUCAAAGACAAAGGACGACAUCAUCACUGACAAGGAGAUUCUAAGUACACAUACAGUAAAUAUAUAUACAAAUAUGGGUUUAGUUGGGCUACAGUGUAUCAAAAAAGGUCAAUCGAGAAGCACAUACUGUAUUCAAAUUCAUAUGGCACCACCAUUCACACUCAUUCAAUCAGUAAACAACGAUUACUUGAUCAUCUUGAUUAAACCUGACACAUUCUACAGAACUACAUCAGUAAGGCAGAUUCCACCAUGGUCAGUUUAUGUUGGGAGAAUGAAGAUGAAAGGUCACUGACAAACUAAAAGGCUUUGGAUACAGUUGCUAGUGCUCCUCAUGAGUGUUACGUUCUUUGUCAUUUUGAUGUUUUAACCAUUAGGUCUGAUCGUUUCUCUAUUGCUGGGUAUCUAUGUAGCACUGGCACAAAGUUUGGGGAUGAGCAUUUGGUGUACUCUGCCUUUCCUCAUAAUGCAGACAGGUUUUCCAAACCUUUAUUUUCCUCCUUGA